AACUCAACACACACCCAUCUUCUCCGCUGGUCAAACUUAGAGAGAGAAAGAGGAGAGAGAUAUUAAAGACUCCAUCUUUUUGCAGCCAUUUCUUCACCAUGACAGCUGAAUCAUCAAAUCUCAGAAUCAUAGUACAAAAGAAUCUCACAGAAACCCAACUCGCCGAAUUGGGUAUCAAAUCUUGGCCAAAAUGGGGAUGUUCUCCGGGGAAAUAUCAGUUGAAAUAUGAUGCAGAAGAAACAUGUUAUUUUCUAAGAGGAAAGAUUAAAGUAUACCCAAAAGGGUCGCCGGAAACAGAGGCAGUGGAAUUCGGCGCCGGCGAUCUGGUAAUCCUACCAAAGGGAUUGAGUUGUACUUGGGAUGUUUCAGUUCCUGUUGAUAAACAUUACAAGUUUGAUUCAACAUCAUCUUCAUCUUCUUAAUGAUUUUAUUUUAUGAUCAACUUUAAUUAAAUUAGUUGUAAGAGGUUAGCUCUGUUUAUGCUAAUUAUCUAAUUUUAAUUUCAUAUU